AUGUCUUGGAUUCUCUUCUAUGAUCAACCAAAUAUUACUUCAUCUUUCACUGCUAAAAUAAAAGUAUCUCAUGGUAUUGCUCAAGGACCUUUUUAUCCUCAACCAGAGAAGAGUAAAAAUGAAAUAAUCUGGAAAGGAAUGUAUUUUACUGAUAAAACAGGAAGGGGUAAAAUUGAAAUAAAUGGCAAAAAUUAUUUGUAUUUAUUUUAUAACAGUAACCGUCUUGACCCAUCAGUUCAUUUUGAAGGAGAAACAUUUAUUUUAACUCGUAAAUCAUAUUUACAACAAUUCACUGUAUUAAUGGAAAAAAUGGGAUUAAGUAUUGUUGAAGAAAAUGAUAUGAUCACUACUUGGACUUUACAAAUGGAAGAAAAACCAUUUACUUUGUUAACCAUCAUUUCUCCUGAAUCAUUAAACCAAUUUGUCCCACUUCAUGUAGAUGGCUUUGAACAAUAUCAUCGUGUUAUUGUUGCAAUAGAGCAAUUGAAUUCUUCUCAACUUGCUCAGGUUAUUCAAUCAAAAACAAUAAAACAAAUUAAUGAAGUAACACCACGCAUUCGUCCAACUGGGAAAUGUAUAGUAGAGUGGGGUGGAUUUUUUACUUCUGAAUAUCAAAAUUAA